AUGGUCGCCUUCCAGUACUCGGUCCUCGUCGCCCUGGCGCUCCGCGUCGCCUCUGUCUUUGCUCAGGGAGAGUCUCCCCUUGACGACGAUGCCGGCAGCCCUCCCGCCGUCGACCUCAAGGCCGACAUCUCUGCCACCUUCCCCGAGGCCGACAUCUUUGGCGUCAAGCUGGUCAACGGCCGCCCGACCAAGGCCGUCAUCGACAUCGAGAACCACGAGGACGAGCCCAUUCAGUUCGCCUUCGUUGGUGGCUCCUUGUACUCCCUCAAGCCUCUGCCUGAGGAUGUGCACCCCUCGGCCGGCAUUGUUCGCAACCUGAGCACUGUUCGCUAUGACGCCAUCAUCCCCGCCGGCGAGAAGCAGUCGCUCCCUUACUCCUUCGUCCUCGACAUGAACCCCCAGGAUCUCCGUCUCCAGCUGGGCGGUGUUGUCACCACCUCCUCCGGCAACAUCUUCCAGGUGCAGGUCGCCGACCAGACCGUUGCCAUUGUCGAGGCUCCUACUAGCAUCUUUGACCCUCAGAUCAUCUUCCUCUACCUUGUUCUGGGCGCUGCUUUUGCUGGUACCUCUUACUUUGUCUACAAGACCUACAUCGAGGCCUUCUUCCCCCAGACCAAGAAGGCCAAGGCCCCGAAGAAGGCCAAGGUCAUCGAGAAGGAGCCCCUCUCUGGUGGCGAGGGUGCUGCCACCGGUGCCGAUUACGAUGAGAGCUGGAUCCCCCAGGGCCACAUCAACCGCCCUGUUGCAAAGCGCGUCAAGAGCGGUGCCAGCGCCAAGAAGUCCAAGACCGCCGAGUAG